AUGGAUGAUGAACGCACUAAGCAAAGUGUGGUGCUCAUUGGCUCGCUAUCUGGUAUACAUAUAGUUGACGCCCAAAAUGGUGCUAUCUUCCGACGCCUAACCAGCAAAGGUGGCGCUACAUCACUCCAUUCUUGGCAUGGCUGUAUGGUAGCUAGCGGUGAUGCACGCGGAGGUGUAGCACUUUGGGAUGCACGAGUAAAUGAGCCAGUAGCUCACUUUGCUGCCACUCCUCCAAGUUCGGGUGUGCAUCGAUCCGUUUUCUCUGUGGACAGUUCUGCCAGAGUGCUAGCACUGGGUGGUGAUUCUGGCUACGUGCACCUUUUCGAUAUAGAGGCCAGAAAAGAAGUCAUCAAGAAAAAAAUUUGUCAAUCUGACGUGAAAGCACUUCGAUUUUCUCCUCGGAUGAGGCUCCUCCUCGCAGCAGAUGCUCAAAGUUUGCAUCUAGUAAACCUCAGCGACAUUUCGUUAUCUCCAUUACCUCAGCCAUCUCAUCACAUCUCAUCGCUUCAAUCAGCAACGGGCAUGUUAUGGGAUCCACAAUCAUGCCGCUUCGUUGUUCGCGCGACGGAUCGUCAACUACGGCUUUAUCAACUCGAUGAGCUUGACAAGGAGGAAGCGGAUGCCACACCUCAAACUCGGCUAUCCUCUUCUUGA